AUGUAUGGAAGUGCCCGCUCAGUGGGGAAGGUGGAACCGAGCAGCCAGAGCCCGGGGCGGUCCCCUCGACUUCCACGCUCCCCUCGCCUGGGUCAUCGGCGAACCAACAGCACUGGAGGGAGUUCUGGAAGCAGUGUUGGAGGAGGCGGUGGGAAGACCCUCUCCAUGGAGAACAUCCAGUCCCUCAAUGCUGCCUAUGCCACUUCCGGCCCCAUGUACCUAAGUGACCACGAGAAUGUGGGUUCAGAGACACCCAAGAGCACCAUGACCCUUGGCCGAUCCGGGGGCCGUCUGCCUUACGGCGUGCGGAUGACCGCUAUGGGCAGUAGCCCCAACAUAGCGAGCAGCGGGGUUGCCAGCGACACCAUAGCGUUUGGGGAGCACCACCUGCCUCCAGUGAGCAUGGCCUCCACUGUUCCUCACUCCCUCCGUCAGGCCAGAGAUAACACCAUCAUGGAUCUGCAGACGCAGCUCAAGGAGGUGCUAAGGGAAAACGACCUCUUACGGAAGGACGUGGAGGUGAAGGAGAGCAAGUUAAGUUCUUCAAUGAACAGCAUCAAGACCUUCUGGAGCCCGGAGCUGAAGAAGGAGCGAGCCCUGAGGAAGGAUGAAGCUUCCAAAAUCACCGUCUGGAAGGAGCAGUACAGAGUCGUGCAGGAGGAGAACCAGCACAUGCAGAUGACCAUCCAGGCUCUCCAGGACGAGCUGCGGAUCCAGAGGGACCUGAACCAGCUGUUCCAGCAAGACAGCAGCAGUAGGACCGGCGAGCCAUGCGUGGCAGAGCUGACGGAGGAGAACUUCCAGAGGCUGCACGCGGAGCACGAGCGGCAGGCCAAGGAGCUGUUCCUGCUGCGCAAGACGCUAGAGGAGAUGGAGCUGCGGAUCGAGACUCAGAAGCAGACCCUGAAUGCACGCGACGAGUCCAUCAAGAAGCUGCUGGAGAUGCUGCAGAGCAAGGGGCUGUCUGCCAAGGCCACCGAGGAGGAUCACGAGAGGACUCGGAGGCUGGCGGAGGCUGAGAUGCACGUGCACCACCUUGAAAGCCUUCUGGAACAGAAGGAAAAAGAGAAUGCUUUGCUGAGAGAGGAGAUGCAUCGGAGAUUUGAGAACGCCCCUGAUUCUGCCAAAACUAAAGCUCUGCAAACUGUUAUUGAAAUGAAGGAUUCAAAAAUCUCCUCUAUGGAGCGUGGGCUCCGAGACUUGGAAGAGGAGAUCCAGAUGCUGAAAUCCAACGGGGCUUUGAGUACUGAAGAGCGAGAGGAGGAGAUGAAGCAAAUGGAGGUCUACCGGAGCCAUUCUAAAUUUAUGAAGAACAAGGUAGAGCAACUGAAGGAGGAGCUAAGUGCCAAAGAGGCCCAAGGGGAGGAGCUGAAAAAGAGAGCGGCUGGUCUGCAGGCUGAGAUUGGUCAGGUGAAGCAGGAGCUGUCCAGAAAGGACACGGAACUACUGGCCCUGCAGACAAAGCUGGAAACCCUCACCAACCAGUUCUCAGACAGCAAGCAGCACAUCGAAGUGCUGAAGGAGUCCUUGACGGCCAAGGAGCAGAGGGCUGCCAUCCUGCAGACCGAGGUGGAUGCUCUGCGGUUGCGUUUGGAAGAGAAGGAAACCAUGCUGAAUAAGAAGACAAAGCAAAUCCAGGACAUGGCUGAAGAGAAGGGGACGCAGGCUGGGGAGAUCCAUGACCUCAAGGACAUGCUGGACGUGAAGGAGCGGAAGGUCAACGUUCUUCAGAAGAAGAUCGAAAACCUCCAGGAGCAGCUCCGAGACAAGGAGAAGCAGACGAGCAGCUUGAAGGAGCGAGUCAGGUCCUUGCAGGCGGACACCACCAACACCGACACCGCCCUGACCACUCUGGAGGAGGCCCUUGCCGAGAAGGAGCGGACGAUUGAACGCUUGAAGGAGCAGCGCGACCGAGAUGAGCGGGAAAAGCAGGAGGAAAUUGACAACUACAAGAAAGACCUUAAAGACCUGAAAGAGAAAGUCAGCGUUCUGCAGGGAGACCUCUCAGAGAAAGAGGCUUCACUGUUGGAUCUGAAAGAACAUGCCUCGUCCCUGGCUUCCUCAGGACUGAAAAAGGACUCACGGCUUAAGACUCUAGAAAUCGCUUUGGAGCAGAAGAAGGAAGAGUGUCUGAAGAUGGAAUCACAGUUGAAAAAGGCACAUGAGGCAACAUUGGAAGCCAGAGCCAGUCCUGAGAUGAGUGAUCGAAUACAGCAGCUGGAGAGAGAGAUUGCCAGGUACAAAGAUGAAUCCAGCAAGGCCCAGGCAGAAGUUGACCGCCUCUUGGAAAUCUUAAAGGAGGUGGAAAAUGAGAAGAAUGACAAAGAUAAGAAGAUUGCUGAGUUGGAAAGGCAGGUGAAGGACCAGAAUAAGAAAGUGGCCAGCCUGAAGCACAAGGAGCAGGUGGAGAAGAAGAAGAGCGCCCAGAUGCUGGAGGAGGCCCGGCGGCGGGAGGACACCCUCAGUGACAGCUCCCAGCAGCUGCAGGACAGUCUCCGUAAGAAGGAUGACAGGAUUGAAGAGCUGGAAGAAGCCCUAAGAGAGAGUGUGCAGAUAACCGCAGAGCGAGAGAUGGUGCUGGCGCAGGAGGAGUCAGCCAGGACCAGUGCUGAGAAACAGGUGGAGGAGUUACUGAUGGCCAUGGAGAAGGUGAAGCAGGAGCUGGAGUCCAUGAAGGCGAAGCUGUCCUCCACUCAGCAGUCCCUGGCUGAGAAGGAAACGCAUCUGACCAACCUCCGGGCUGAGAGAAGGAAGCACUUGGAGGAAGUUCUGGAGAUGAAGCAGGAAGCCCUUCUGGCUGCCAUCAGUGAAAAAGAUGCCAACAUAGCUCUCCUGGAACUGUCGUCCUCAAAGAAGAAGACUCAGGAGGAAGUGGCCGCCCUGAAGCGGGAGAAGGAUCGGCUGGUACAGCAGCUAAAGCAGCAGACACAAAAUCGAAUGAAGUUAAUGGCCGACAAUUACGAGGAUGACCACUUCAGAUCCUCCCAUUCCGGUCAAACCAAUCACAAACCCUCCCCAGACCAGAUCAUCCAGUCCCUCCUAGAACUUGACCAAAACAGAAGCAAGCUCAAGUUGUACAUCAGACACCUGACCGCCCUCUGCCACGACCGAGACCCCCUGAUCCUCCGAGGACUCACUCCACCAGCCGCCUAUAAGCUGGACGACGACCAGGCAGCGUGGGAGAAUGAGCUGCAGAAGAUGACCCAGGAACAGCUUCAGAGCGAACAGGAGAAAGGUGAGCGGGACAACACUGAGUUGCAGGAGUUUGCCAACGCCGUCCUGCAGCAGAUCGCGGAUCACUGUCCCGACAUCCUGGAGCAGGUGGUCAACGCCCUGGAAGAGUCAUCCUGA